AAUGAGAUAAGUUGUGGGCGGGGCUAUACAUGUAGCCACGCCCCAAACACGGCGGGAGAGACGAGUGCAGUGCUGAGUUUGACUUGUUCAAGCUGAAAAUGCUUGCUAAUAUUACAUGAAGAGGCUUUAAUGACAUUGUGGAUGAUCGCCGACGCAUGCCGCAUGCAGAUACACGUGGGAGAUGUUCGAUUUCUAGAAAACCAAAACGCCAAAUGCAGCCUCUUUGCCACACAGCAUUUCACCCUGAAGCCACAGACUCCAACAACAUCAGUUCACCAGUAAAAGCUGGCAAUAAAUUGUCAAACUCCAUCUGAAAUUGUGCAAAAUACUAUGGAAACAAUUUGAAGAGGAGAGUGAGGACAUGAAUUAUCCAAAUCCAUGCAGCAAGAUACAUGAAGAUACUGAGGGGCAAAGAGAUGAGAUGGAAGUAGAAGAGAGACCUUAUUUGUGUCCAGUGUGUGGAAAGAGUUUUUCACGACUGGCCAACUGCAAGAAACACCAGAAGAUCCAUUCUUCUGUGAAAAAGCAUGCUUGUGUUGAGUGCGGAAAGACCUUCGUUACGCCUGAAUAUCUGCGAAAGCAUCAGAAAACUCACACUACAGAAAGACCGUUCACCUGCUCUCAAUGUGGACUGAGUUUUAAAGUAAAAGGCCACCUUGUGACACAUGAAAGAAUUCACACUGGAGAGAAGCCACACACAUGCCAUCAGUGUGGGAAGAGCUUCAUACAGUCAUCAGGACUCACUUAUCAUCUGCUGCAUCACUCUGGAGAGAAAACAUUUAAGUGUGAUAAGUGUGGGAAGAACUUUACUUCAUCGGCAAAUCUAAAAAAACACCUGACACUUCAUAUGAAUGAGAAACCCCAUAAAUGCUCUUUGUGUGGAAAGAGUUUUCCACGGCGGGACUCCUUGAAUCAGCACCAGAAGAUCCAUGAUGCUGUGGGUGGCGGGAUCACAUGUGUUUUAAGGGUGUGGCAAGAGCUUUAUAGCAGCUAG